UAAAAUCUAAAUUAAUGCAAACGAAUUUGGAAGACAAUACUCAUGGAGAAUCGCCAGCUCAAGGACCUGAUAGUUUCCGCAACGAACGGUCAAGUUCGAUUAGAAUUGAUGCAGCUGAAACAUCUUGGAUGUCAACGUUUCCUACAAGUGGUAUGUCGCUGGGCGCAUUGAAUAUUCCCGAGUGCAGCCCAUCCGACGGAGAAACUGAAAUCGACAGGAAAGCUUAUGAGCAUUGGAGGAAAAUUUUGGAUGCAUCUUUGGAUCUCAUGAAGUCAACGGACGAAAGAACUAAAAUAGGAAUUUUCAAAAUUAAGGCUGGAGCGAAACUGCUGGAAGUAUUCGAGAGUACGAAGACAUCUCCUGGUAUGCCGGAUGAGAUUUUGGAGCCAUAUGGCAACGCUAUCGCUCGGCUGAAUGAGUAUUUUGGUUCAAGAACUUACAUGAUGUCUCAAAGAAGCAAACUCCUAAACAUGACACAAAGAAAAGACGAAAGCAGCGUUCAAUUUGUAAGACGGGUUGGAGCAGCCACAAAGCUGUGUGGUUAUCUGGAAAGCGAAGAAAUGGAAUCCGUGAUGCGUACAAUUACCAGAGGUGCAUUGGAUAGUAGAGUUCGCAAGCUUGCUCAUCGAAACUGGGUCCGGCAAGGAUCGAUCAAGGAUUUGGUUGACGCGGUUCAGGAUUCUGAAAUUGAAAAACUUAAUGAGGAGGAGUUUAUGAAAACACAGCAGCGUAAUUCUGCAUCAUCAUCUGGAGCGGCAGUUAUUGCAGCGGUCGAACGAUAUUCACAUGUUCCGAGUUUCCGGCAAGGUGGAUUCAACGGUGACAGACCAGGUUGGAAUCAAGCCGGAAAACGUGUUGCAUACCGAGGAAGAAGAGGAGAAAACACAAGGACAUUCUCGGGGCGUAUCCCUGCCGCUGUUCAGACUCGGCAAUGCUGGAGGUGUAGCAGCGUGUAUCACUCAGCUUCCGAGUGUCCCGUGGUUAACAAAGUGUGCCAUAAGUGUCAAACCAAAGGUCACAUUGCUCGAAUGUGUACCUCCGAAAGCGGAUUCCGGGGAAUUAAGAGACGGCUUCAAAGUGAACAAGUUCAGAAUUCUCUCUCAAAGGAGUCCCGACGAAUUUCAAUGGUGAACGAACAUGACGAACAUGCAGAGGAGAAAGAAGCGAAGGUAUUUUCUGAUACUGAUUCCAACGAUUAG